AAAUGUAUAUAUACCCCAGUGGCAUUGGAAUUUCAAAACUAGUAUACGUCUCGACCAUAAACGGUAAAUAAACGCAGUGGAAACGGCAGAUCAGAAAAAUUAAAUGACGCACCUUUCAAGCACAUCAUCGCAAAAGCGAGAGAUAAUGAAACGGUGGCUCUUCAUUGUUCUGAUAUUCAGUGUGUGUUUUAAUCAAUGCGUGACAGCCAACCCAGCUCCACAAUUCCAGGCAUCAUCAACAAAUGGAGCAUUGCCACCGGUUCUGCUUCAAAGUGCCUCCAGUUCACUGUUCCCAUCAUUUUUUGCUGGUGGUCCACGUUCAUUCUUUGAGUCAAUUGCUAGUACAUUUGGUAAUACGAUUCUUUCCAUUGCGAAUGGAGCACAAGCGCUUCUCACAGGUACUACGGAAGCAGUUGGUUCACUUUUGAGUUCGACUGGUGGAACAGGCAGAAUAAAUAGUGGAAACCAAAGAACAUCCAUCAGUCAGUUUCAACCGCUAAACCAUCAGAAUAAUGGUGCUACAACCACACCGAACACAGUACAAACCCAAACCCCGUCGCAGUCAUCUCAAAGUGGAUCACAGCCAGGAACUCAAACGGAGGCACCAUAAUGUACCAUUUAUAAAACGCUACAAAAGAGAAUACACCAGCCAACGAUGAGCGCUUUAACAAAACACUUUCUCCUCAGUUCAAAUAAAUACGAAACAACAACAAAAAUACCACGCAAAAAAAACUCAUUCUCUCGUUGCUUGUGUCGACACAUGAAUUCAGCUCAAAAACAAGUGUACAUAUAAAUGCGAGCGAGUAUUUACAUGCGAAUAAAUGAAUCGGAUUUUCCUUUGAUAUGUAAAGUUCUACCGUA